AUGCGAUUCCUAAAGAUCAACCCAGUUCAUCAACCAGGGGGAAAGGCCAAAUACAGGACUUACAGUCCAACAUCUUUAGUUAAUGCCUACACUGCAGUUAAGGAAGAUCACGUAUCAAUUAGAAGAGCAAGCAUUACGUAUGGGGUACCAUUUCAAACCUUAAGAGACCGCAUAACUGGUAUAGUUGACCCAGAGUGCUGCACAAUGGGCAACGGACCUUUUUUUACUUUAGACGAAGAAAGCAGGCUUGUUUCACAUCUGAAAGAAAUGGCCCAACUUGGGUAUGGUUACAAUAGAAUGGAAGUGGUUGACAUAGCAACUGAUUAUGCAGUCAUGCUAGAAAAAAAAAGUAAAAAUGAGAAACCCUUAACCCUAACUUGGUUUUAUGGAAUGCUCGGACGAUGGCCCGAUCUUAAAGUUGUAAAACCAAGGGCAUUGGAAGUUGCAAGAGCAAAAGCUGCCAACAAGGAGAACAUUACUAAGUACUUCAAUGAACUUGAGAAAGCCCUUAUUAAAUAUGAUCUGAUGGACAAACCUCAUUUGAUUUACAAUGUUGAUGAGAAGGGUAUAACCAUCAACCACAACCCAUCAAAGGUAGUAUCAGGAGUAGAGACAUCACCGCAGGAGGUUACAUCUGGAAAGGGUGACACCGUGACUAUCUUAGGGUGUGGAAAUGCAAUUGGCAAUGCAUUACCCCCUUACUUUGUCUUCCCAGGACAGAGAAUGAAUGAUCAGUUGCUGGAGGGGUCUACACCAGGAACAGUUGGCACUGUCUCUAAGUCAGGGUGGUCUAAUUCGGACCUGUUUAUGGAUUUCCUCAGCAAUCAUUUCAAGAAAUUUGUUCCAGGCAAUGGGCAUGUGAUGUUAUUGUUAGAUGGACAUAAAUCUCAUGUUGCUGUAAGCACAAUUGAAUGGACAAGGCGUCACAACAUUGUAAUACAGUUACUUCCAGCACACACCAGUCAUCUUUUGCAGCCAUUGGAUGUAGGUUGUUAUGGUCCUUUGCAAAAUAUGUACAACAGCAUAUGUCACAGAACUAUCAGAACAAAACAAUGUGCACUAACUCGUUAUGAUGUUUGCAGCAUGGCAUGCAAAGCUUACGGAAAUGCCUUAUCAGUCAGUAAUUUGCAGUCAGCUUUUAGAAAAACAGGCAUUUAUCCAUUCACAAAAGACAUUAUUAUGGAAUUACCACUGACACCGUCAGAGGCUUUCGUCAGUGAUAUUAUAGACAAUGAAGAAGGGUUAAACAGUGCUGUAGUUGAGAAUGUGAAUGAUAGUGAAAGAGAGGGAGUUAUGAGUGAUGAGGAGAAUGUGGGUGUUGUAAUUGAGGGAGAGGUUGGUUCGGAGGAAGUGGAGGUAGGUAGGAGUGGUGUGAGUGAUAGAGAUGAAGUUCAGAAUGAUGUGGAGAAUGACAGUGUUGUGAGUGUGGGUGAUAGAAUGAUUGAUGUGGCCGUGCAAGAGAAAGGAAGUACCGGUAAGAGUGAUUUUUUUGUACAAAAAAUAGUAAACAUGAAAAGAGUGAAAGGUGAGAAAAAAAAAGAAGAGAAAUGUGUUAAGUAG